AUGGGCACCGUGGUGGGAAGCUGGGCACCGUGGGGGAAGCUGGACACGUCAACAGCUGGGCAGCUGAAUGUGGUAGAAGCAGCAGUUCCUGGGCGGAAGCAACCUUUGUUAGGACUGGGCUCUGGGAGGAUUAUGUCCAGUCGGAAUCUGAAAAAUCAGGAUCCUUAUACUGCACCUGCAGGCUCUGUCCACAAGCAUGUUCCAGCCACAUCCUCCAGUGCCAGUGUGUAUGCCCUGCAGCGCUUAGUGGAGCAGCUCAAGUUGGAGGCCAGCGUGGAGAGGAUCAGGAUCUCUCAGGUGGCUGCCAAGCUUCAGCAGAACUGCAUGCAGAAUGCCUGCAAGGAUGCCCUGCUGGUCGGUGUUCCAGUGGGCAGCAACCCUUUCCGGGAGCCCAGAUGCUGUGCUUUACUCUGAAGACUGGAAAG